UGGGCGUGUUAGCUACAGCAGGAAGAGGAGGAGGUCAAGUGCUCUGCGAGAGUUUCGAAAACGUGAGGCUGCCGUCCAGAAGGCAAGACACACACAGAUAAACAAUCCUAUCGGAGUUUCUGUGGCAGCCAAGAUGUUUCAGUCUGCGCCCCGGCGGCCGCUGUGUGAGCUCGGUGUGCAUGCAGCGAGGCUCCAGAGCACCAGUUCGUUCAGACGGGGCGUCAGGGAGGCUCAGCCCGGCAGAGACACAUGGCUGGGCAGACGGGUAGGCCUCCUGCUGUCCUGGCUCCACCGAGCGGGGCUGGGUGCGGGUGAGGCCGCGGCGUCCGACAAGAAGAAGAAGCAGGGCUUGCUCUCCAUAUUUGCCAACCACUGCAGCUUCGUGACCGGCCAGAGGCUCCGACGUGCAUACCAGAUCGGCGAGCUUUACUCCAACCUGUACUCGGAGAGGACCAGGUGGACCUUAGUUGGGAACAUAUGGCGCAGACUUCAGAGCAAGCACGCCCCGACCGGGAAACUCGUCGCGGCCCUAGCUGGUGUCUUCAUGUGGGAGAACGAGAAGAUUCAAGAUGAAGAAAUUCGCAGGUGUGGACUUGAACUGCAAGCAUUGGAGAGCGUGAGGCGUCUGAGCACAUCGCCAGGGACCUUGGCAGCACAAGUGGAACCUGGCUGGGAAGUCGUGAUGGAUAAGAGGGACUUCAAAGUGUGGAAGCGGCCAAUCCCUGGCAGUCACCUAUAUGAAUACAGAGUGUUGGGCUCCUACAACGACGUCACCCCAAGACAGUUCUUCAAUGUUCAGUUGGAUACAGAGUACAGGAAGAAGUGGGAUUCUCUGGUUAUCAAGCUUGAGGUGGUGGAUCGAGAUGCCAGUUCAGGCUCAGAGGUUGUGCACUGGGCCACACACUUUCCCUAUCCCAUGUACUCAAGGGACUAUGUGUAUGUACGCCGCUAUGAUGUUGACUUGGAGAACAAUCUGAUGAUCUUGGUUUCCAGAGCUGUUCAACAUCCUCGAGUCCCAGAGUCUCAGGAAUUUGUGAGAGUCCAUUCGUACCAGUCAAAGAUGGUUAUUCGCCCCCACAAGUCCUUUGAUGAGAAUGGAUUUGAUUACCUGCUGACGUACAGCGAUGACCCUCAGACUGUCUUUCCCCGUUACUGUGUGAGCUGGAUGGUGUCUAGUGGUAUGCCUGAUUUCCUGGACAAGUUGCAUACUGCCGCCUUGAGGGCCAAGAACCUGGAGGUGGGGAUCCAGGACUAUGUAAGUGUCAUAAAGCCCAGCGACAGCAACCGCCAGCCGAGCCAGGAGCGCCUCACGGGGGAAAACACACGCACAGGCGAUCCUGGGCAGAUCUAUGCCUGAAAUGGACAUCAUAUUAAGGGAGAGUAUGUUAGUGUUUUUUCACCUGCACUUGAACACAAAUUAAAUCCUCCAGCGCCACGCCAAGUUUAUGGAUACAUCUCGGUAAGCGGGAACGUCAAAUGGUUACAACCUAUGCUGAAGAUGUGCUCAUGUCCAUCCACUGACACGGAAUUACUGCAGAUGAGAAGUCAUGAGAAAACAGACUGCAUAUGUGAGGGCAUUUUCACCCUUUUUAAUCCUUUUGCUAAUAUUACAUGUAGUGGUAUUUGCUAUUUGAGCCAAACUACCCUUAUUGUAUAGAUGCUGUUGCCAAAGCAUUGUUUCUCUCAUCAUCAUGUUCCUUCUCCUGCCUGACAUCGUUCACACUACUGGUAACCACAUCACUGUACUACCCUGUUUUCUGACUGGAGUUAGGUGAUUGCCAGAUGUCAUUGAUGGGACGUAUAACAACAUUUCUCACUGGCUUCUGACAGACAGUGUCAUCCAGAAGUUAUGUCGUGGCCUGGCAAAUGAAGAAAAGAGGUGCCCAUGCCUCUGGUGAACACAUGCUAACAUGCCUCUUCAUUGCAUGGACUUAGAGCUACUGGUGUCCUGAUUUGCUUGCAGCAUGAGAGACUGAUCCUCAUAAGAUAGAACUGGAUGGACAAAAUAAAAUGACUCUACACAACAAAGCAUUUGGAUUGAGUGGGAAAGGUUUUCCAUAGGACUGGAGAUGAAUAUUCUUGAGCCUCAGUGGCUUGUUCACGUGGGGAUUGCAGUGUUUUGCUGUCAGCACAGCCCAGGUUUCACGCUGUCCGUCCCACUGCGUCUGAGUGACUGAAACUGCCAGCGUUGACAAAACAGCCUUCUAAAGAUAACCAGUCCUUCACCAUUAGGGGCGUAGUGUCUUAUGACAACCACAUAAUCCUCAGAUGCAAAGGUAUUGACGUGCUAACUCAACAACACGCAUUUUAACUAAACUGUUGCCCUUAUCAGAGUAACUUAUAGCACUUGUGCCACCCUCAGAGCAUUUGCAUUUCAUUUGAGUUUAAAUCAUAGAUGAAACUAUCCCAUUUCAACUCAGACACACCCUGCUGUUAACUGUUGUAGCAGACUGCACUAUAGUGUGGACUAGUGGAGUAAUGGGUGUUUGUGUUUCCCAUCUGUUACUGUAGACCCUGCACAUUCACACAGCCAUAGUCUAACUUAAGUAGCGCAUAUACUCUUGCGCUUUGUAACAUUUCCCUCUGGAUCAAUGUGAUUCUAAUAUAUAUUUUUUUGUUUUGUUUUCUUCUCUCACAGUUAACUUUGUUAAACGUGUAUGUCCUGCUGAAACAUGUACGACCCUAUCAUCCUUUUUGCUGCAGGUGUUAUGAAUGUACACAUACAUGCUGUGGAAUAUAGCAGCCUAAUUAACUACACUGUUUACAGCCUGACAAUCUGGCGCAAAUACCUUGACAUCCAUUUGUUCAAAAAAUGUCUCAUCUUGUACUAAACUCUGGCAUCUAAUUUGUUGUAGGUGUACAUGAGAAUGAAUGGUACAGCUUCACAGUACUCCGUUAUAGUUCGAAAGAAGGUCCACGUUUGUGAAGGAAAUCCUACAUGUACAUGUUUUAAAUAUUAGAUCAUAUAUCCCCAUGAUGUCUAAAAUAUGAAUAGUUUCUAUCAGGUGUUUCAUGGCUUGUUUAAACAAAAGCUGUCUGUGUACGAUGGAAGACAUGCACGAUAUGUUAAGUAUGUGGGGGGAAAAAAAAGAAAUUUCUCUCAUUGUUUGACUUUUCUCUUGUCGUGGUCAAACAGAGCCAUGAGAUAUAUUGAAGUGAGCAUAAUUACAUAAUUGAACAAUAUGCAAUGUUUGAUGAUGUUCAGCUUGCGAAUGUAACAUUCUGGUGUGCUCUCAUUGUAGACACCUGUGUGCCACCUGCAGUAGUCCAAAAGUGUGUUGUCAUAUACUGUUUUUUUUGUUUUGUUUGUUUUGUUUGUUUGUUUUUUUCCUGCAAGCGGAUUAACUUUUGUUGUAAUUAUCAAAUGUUAACUAAGAAGCAGUAUAGUAAAUAGAAAAAGGAAAAUUGUACAAGCCAGUGCACUUGUAACCCUGUGAUUUACAAAUGAUGAAAUGGAACAACUAAUAAGUUCAAAUAAAACGAUUUUCAAGUGUA